UUCUGUCUCUCCUCUCUCUCUCUCUCUCUCUAAGCGAAAACCUCAACAGACUAACCCCUCCUCUGUAACAGUCUCUUGUGGUGCUUGGGGGAGUCGCGUGGCCUGCGAUUCCCUUCCCGGUUUUCCUCUUCAACCUUCAAUUCAACCCUUCCGUCUUCGGUUCACUGAUUUAUUCUUCCUCAAAAAUGAUUUCCAUUGCUUGCUAGGUUUUUUAGCCUCUCAAAUCUUCAUCUCCGAAACCACACUGUACCUUUUCUUCAUCAGGCUAAUCAAUUUCGCAGUUAUGGCUAUCCGGGUUACCUUUUCCUUCUCCGGUUACGUUGCCCAAAACCUCGUCUCCUCCGCCGGCGCUCGUGUUGGAAAUUCUCGUUGUGUCCAAGAAUGCUGGAUACGCUCUCGCCUUUUCGGAACUAACCAGAAGCCCGAUCUCGAUCCUUCCGGCGGCGUCCGCAAUUUCCAUUCCAGAUCCAAUUGUUGGGUCAAGAAAUCUGCCUGUGCCUACACCACACUCGCCGGUGAGGUUCUUGGUGACAACUGUAAGAACCCCAUCAUCUUAGGUUUGAUUUCGAUGAUGAAGUCAACGGCUGGUGUUUCUGGAUCAUCCACGGCGGCUAUGGGUAUUUUGGGUAUUUCACCCUUUAAGACCUCUUCGAUUAUUCCCUUUUUGCAGGGUUCCAAGUGGCUUCCUUGCAACGAGUCGCUUCCUGACCCCACGUCUUGGGAAGUGGAUAAAGGUGGAACGCGGUGUAUUGACGGUGGUGCGAAUGCCGAUUCUGUUUUCAACCCUAAGGAUCUCGACAAAAGUAGUUGGCUUUCGCGGUUGUUGGGUGUUUGUUCGGAGGAUGCGAAGGCUGCGUUCACUGCUGUCACUGUUAGUUUGCUCUUCAAAUCGUUCUUGGCUGAACCUAGAUCCAUUCCCUCUUCUUCUAUGGCCCCAACUCUUGAAGUGGGUGACCGUAUUCUAGCUGAGAAGUUUUCUUUCUUUUUUAGAAAGCCUGAUGUUUCGGAUAUAGUGAUUUUUAAGGCGCCUCCUAUUACAUUAAAUAUUAAGGAAUUUGGUUUUAGUUCAUCUGAUGUAUUUAUAAAAAGGAUUGUGGCUAAGGCUGGGGACUCUGUUGAGGUUCGUGGUGGGAAACUACUGGUGAAUGGUGUUGCUGAAGAUGAGGAAUUUGUUUUAGAGCCUCUUGCUUAUAAGAUGGAUCCAGUGGUUGUACCGGAAGGGUAUGUCUUUGUGUUGGGAGACAAUCGUAAUAGAAGCUUUGAUUCUCAUAAUUGGGGUCCACUUCCUGUCGAGAACAUCAUCGGUAAAUCCAUGUUUCGAUACUGGCCUCCAUCUAAAGUAUCUGAUACUGACUCCCUUCAUAAACUCACACCUGGAAACAAUCCUGUGGCAAUUUCUUGACAUGAUUCCCGUUGCUUUCUGAGGGUGAUGAAGGAUUUCAGAUACUUCCAUUUGUUCUAAAUGGAUGGCUUCUCUCGUAUUGGCCAGGGAGUGAGCUGUUAUUCAACGAUUCUCCAAGAUGAGCCUGCUUGUCGUGAAUAUGGUUUGGGAUGAAUGUCUUAUUCAUUGAUGCGAAUUUGUCAAUGACCUAAUAAAUGACAUUAUGCGUUCUUUAGUGCUAUCCUGAGAUGUUUUUCUCCUUCGGGGCGAAAAGAAAAAUUAAAGAAACAUGACGAUAUUACCGCAGAAAAGAAAAAAAGAAACAUGAUGAUUGAUUUAUGUUGUAUUCUUUAGUUUAUUAUGUCCGAGUGCUAGGGAAUGGAGGAAAGCUUGGACAUGAGCUAAUUGACUCCCUGUAAGUUCCUUAGUCAAGCCUCCUCCUAAUUAGAAUCUAUAUUGCCAUUCAGUCGCACUGGAAAUCGUCUGGGCACGAUUAUGAUUGCCUUUUUCAGAAGCAAUGAUCACAUGAUCAUUUAAGAUACAAUUUCAGUAUAACAUGCCAGUCAUGUGUUUUUUGUUAAGUGCUGUAAUGAAGUAGUAUUUCUCAUUGGGUUAGAUUGCCCUAAAGGUUCGAUUAACGUGACCCAAAAUGAUCCUGAUUGAAUGUUUUUAUUCUAAUUUAUCUAAAUGUUGUAUUAUUAUGGUGAGAACAUUUGAAUUGAAUUUUCAUUCCUUCAUUUAGUUCUUCCUUCUUUCCAGACUUGAUACUAGCGUU